AUGGCGCUUGAUCCUCAAUCGGUAUUGGCAAAGCUCAAUGCAACUGCGCCGGAGCAGAUCACCGCUCUACGAUACUUGAAGAAUGAGGUGAUCGGCCAUAUCCAGAAGAAAGAGGAUUGGGUUCGACAUGGUGUUCUCCGUCCCAUUGUUAGAGUCAUAAUCCCUAGUACCCUCAAGGCGAAUGAAGAUACCCGGCCGCCUUUCUUGACCUUGGCGGCUUUUACGGAUGAAGAUAGCGCAAAGCUACGAGCUUUACAGCUUCUUGCUAGCUUUGCAAAUGCUGGACCAGCCUUUCUCUCACCACUACACGCAAUCGGUGCGCUACCAGCUGUCUUAAAUAGUUCCUGUCUCCAGAAUGGACAUCCCCAGAUUGUCCUAGCUGCUCUUCGGGUCGUACGAGACAUAGCAGCAGCAGCAGCAUAUGCUCCGUCGACCUCCCCGAUCACCUCCACGUCCCUUGCCGAAAUAUUAUUCGCCGAUGGCCCGCUAGAUUCUCUAUACCAUAUACUCUCACAGAGGACCACGACCUUUGAUAGCGAGGCGCAAAUAUCCAUAGUUACCCAUUUAAUCAAGGACCUCUGCCGUGACGAACGCCACCAGUUAGCAUUGCUUAGCAAGGGAAUCCUCGAUGUACUUGCUACGAAACUGGCAAGCUUUGCGGUGGCCGAAGGGCAAGUCUUUCCGGGGGCCGAGAUCAUUGCUCGCAUUGAGGGCUUAGAAGACUUCAUACCAGCACCUGCUACCCCUGCCAGUAGCCUAGAUGGAGUGCUGGGUGCGAUCGCUUCGAUCAUUGGCGAUUCUCGGUUCCGCGCUUGCAAGUUACUUUACUCUCCCUCGAUCCUAGCAAUCUUUCCGGUUGCUAAUAUUGAUCCAACUAAAUCUCCGAUAUUACCCUUAGGACCGAUGGAGCUCCCUGGGGUGCACCGGCCGCCAACAAAACAUAUGGAUUUUGAGCCUAUGGACCUACUUCUUCCUCAAAUUCUACCCGAUGUCCCUAGCCAUACUCCAAUUCCAUUAAGCACACAUCGUGAAGAUUUAGGUCAUGGCGGACAAUCGACAUCCAAGUUUCAAAGUACUGCUUCCUCGCGAAGCUCAUCCGAGGAUGCUUCAACUUCUAAGGGCGAUAUCGAGAGUGAAAAAGCCGAGAGCCCUUUGAUACCUUGGCUUAUUAGCUUAAUUAGGUCCCAGAGCGGUAGCGAAAUGUUAAUGGCUACUUCUAUCUUAACAUCUCUAUUCAAAGCCGGAUUUUCUUAUACGACUAGAGAACCAAGCUUAGGCCUACUCGUUGUACCUGUUCUUCUAGGUAUGCUCGACGAGGUCAACACUAAAAUAAAAGAUAUCGAUUACAGCAGUUGCAGCCGGGAUACUGCCUCGAUGCUUAACGUUGUAGAAGAAACGCCUGCCGUAUUAGCCCGUCUGAUCACUGAUAGCGAGCCGUUACAGAAGGCAGCCUUCGACUGCAACGCAGUGAAAACGGUGUGCAAGUUAUUAAAAGAAAGCUACGACGCCCCUCCUCCGCUUGCCAAAUCGUGGUCUUGGGCGUUCAGUAAGAAGGACUCGGACUCGACAGGUGAAAUAUCUCCCGACCGUUGUUUGGGAGAGGAGGGACAGCACCGCUUUUUAGUCCAUCGAGUCAAGGUGAGGGAGAACGCACUAAAAGCCAUUGGGGCGCUAGCAACCUUCAAGGACGAGUAUCGUAAGGCGAUAGUCGAGCACGAAGUGGUUCAUCUUAUUGUCGAUUCCCUAACACCAACUCCUGAUAACCCAGUUUCAGUUGUCCUGACAGCUUGUUAUGCGGUUCGUAUACUCUCUCGUUCGGUGAAUAUCCUUAGAACGGCUUUAGUCGAUCACGAUGUAUCCACACCUUUACUGCAGCUACUACGACAUCAUGAUGUCGAGGUGCGGGUUGCUGCCGCAGCAUCAGCCUGUAACCUGGUUACGGAUUUCAGCCCGAUGAGAGAAUCUCUUGUCGAUGCUGGAAUCGUGAAGGCAUUAUGUGAGCAUGCACAUUCGCAUAAUGCAACUUUACGACUAAAUGCUCUCUGGGCGCUCAAACAUCUGGUCCAUUCAGCAAGUAUCGAUCUCAAAAAAAGAUGUGUAGAAGAGCUCGAAUCCGGAUGGUUAGUCCAUCUCAUAUGCGAUGAUACUGAAGACGAGGCGCUUUACUCGGCGAAGACGCGGGGCGAUAGGGAGGCGGCUCAAAGUACUCUAAAUGGCAUGGAUGAAGAUAUAGAUAUGGGCCUUGCCGACAACCAAUCUCGCGCCUGGCUUUCAACUUCCUUCUACAAGUCACCAGCAACUUUGGCCCAUACGGAUAUCCGCAUAUUACAGCUCGCAGAGGAACAAUUAGAGGCACUCCGAGAGAAUGAUUUGGACCCUGUUCGAAAAGCUAGAGGGGAUGACGAAGCAAUUCAGGAGCAGGGUCUUGAUUUUAUUCGAAAUUUGAUCGGUGGAGGUCAUUCAAGCAGUAGUGCUGACUCACUAAACGACACGACCGAGAUGAUCGACUUUUUAUUUAGCACAUUAGGACAAGAUCGUUUGUUCGAGAUUCUCGCCUCCAAACUACGAACCAAGGUUUUUCAUCCAUUCAGCCGGCGAGAACGUACAGGCAGCGAGACGCGUAUUGCGCCUCCCAAACCCAAAAUUAUCGUAUCAGUCAUAUACAUAUUGGUUCACAUCGCAGCCAGUAUACCUCGUCACCGGCAGCUAGUAGUGUCUCAGACAGAACUACUCAGGCAGCUUCAGAAGCUGUUUACGAGCAAAGAUAGGGAAGUGCGGGUUGCCCUAUGUCACCUUAUCAACAAUUUGACAUGGCAGGAUAAUGCUAGUGAUGGUCCUGGGUGCUCACAGCGGGCGCAGGAGUUGAAGAAUUUGGGAUUCUUGACAAAGCUCGAAGCCCUUAAGGAGGGGGACGACGAACUUGACGUGCGCGAACGGGCAAAAUCGGCACUAUGGCAGAUGAAACCAGCAUAUUAG